GAGGGAGCGCGCCCCGGCGGCUGGAGGAGGAGGGCGGCUGAGGAGAGCCUGGCCGCGCGCGGGCUGGUGGCGGUGGCAGCGGCUGCGACCGGAGCCGGGGCAGAGUGUGGGGAGCGAGAAAAGGGGCGGAGGGAAAGGAAGGCGGGGGGACGGUGAGAGGCGCAUUUCUAAUUCUCAACUACGAGCCCCGAGUUUGUAGAUGGGGCUGCUCGUCGUCGUCUGCGGCUGAGGCAGAGCGGCGGCGGCGGCGGCGGCGGCUGAGGCUGAGGGAGAGGAGCAGCGGCGCGAGGCGGCCGAGGUGCGAGCCGCAGCAAUGCAGCAAGUCUUGGAAAACCUUACAGAGCUGCCCUCAUCUACAGGAGCAGAAGAAAUAGACCUAAUUUUCCUCAAGGGGAUUAUGGAAAAUCCUAUUGUGAAAUCACUUGCUAAGGCUCAUGAGAGGCUUGAAGAUUCAAAACUAGAAGCUGUCAGUGACAAUAACUUGGAAUUAGUCAAUGAAAUUCUUGAAGAUAUCACUCCUCUAAUAAAUGUGGAUGAAAAUGUGGCAGAACUUGUUGGUAUACUCAAAGAACCUCACUUCCAGUCACUCUUGGAAGCCCAUGAUAUUGUGGCAUCAAAGUGUUAUGAUUCACCUCCAUCAAGCCCAGAAAUGAAUAAUUCUUCUAUCAAUAAUCAGUUAUUACCAGUAGAUGCCAUUCGUAUUCUUGGUAUUCACAAAAGAGCUGGGGAGCCAUUGGGAGUAACAUUUAGGGUUGAAAAUAAUGAUCUGGUAAUCGCCCGAAUCCUUCAUGGAGGAAUGAUAGACCGACAAGGUCUACUUCAUGUUGGUGAUAUCAUUAAAGAAGUCAAUGGCCAUGAGGUUGGAAACAAUCCAAAGGAAUUACAAGAAUUACUGAAAAAUAUUAGUGGAAGUGUCACUCUAAAAAUCUUACCAAGUUAUAGAGAUACCAUUACUCCUCAACAGAGUUGCAUCAAUAUGGAGAGGCAUCCAGCACACAUCUGUCAGGUAUUUGUGAAGUGUCAUUUUGAUUAUAAUCCAUACAAUGAUAACCUGAUUCCCUGCAAAGAGGCAGGACUGAAGUUUUCCAAAGGAGAAAUUCUUCAGAUUGUAAACAGAGAAGAUCCAAAUUGGUGGCAGGCUAGCCAUGUGAAAGAGGGAGGAAGUGCUGGUCUCAUUCCAAGCCAGUUCCUGGAAGAGAAGAGAAAAGCAUUUGUUAGAAGAGACUGGGACAAUUCAGGCCCUUUUUGUGGAACUAUAAGUAGCAAAAAAAAGAAAAAGAUGAUGUAUCUCACAACCAGAAAUGCAGAAUUUGAUCGUCAUGAAAUCCAGAUAUAUGAAGAGGUAGCCAAAAUGCCCCCCUUCCAGAGAAAAACGUUAGUAUUGAUAGGAGCUCAAGGAGUGGGCCGAAGAAGCUUGAAAAACAGAUUCAUAGUAUUGAAUCCCACUAGAUUUGGAACUACUGUGCCAUUUACUUCACGGAAACCAAGGGAAGAUGAAAAAGAUGGCCAGGCAUAUAAAUUUGUGUCACGAUCAGAAAUGGAAGCAGAUAUUAAAGCUGGAAAGUAUUUGGAACAUGGGGAAUAUGAAGGAAAUCUCUAUGGAACUAAGAUUGAUUCUAUCCUUGAAGUUGUCCAAACUGGAAGGACUUGUAUUUUGGACGUCAACCCACAAGCGCUGAAGGUGUUGAGGACAUCUGAAUUCAUGCCCUAUGUGGUGUUUAUUGCUGCUCCAGAGCUAGAGACAUUACGCACCAUGCACAAGGCUGUGGUGGAUGCAGGAAUCACUACCAAGCUUUUGACGGACUCUGACUUGAAGAAAACAGUGGAUGAAAGUGCACGGAUUCAGAGAGCAUACAACCACUAUUUUGAUUUGAUCAUCAUAAACGACAAUCUAGACAAAGCCUUUGAGAAAUUACAAACUGCCAUAGAGAAACUGAGGAUGGAACCACAGUGGGUCCCAAUCAGCUGGGUUUACUGAUGAUUCAAUGAGGUUAAUCAUUAAAAUAAAACUUUUCAAAAGCAACUCAACGAAUAAACCUUCUACUGAGAAAAUACAUGCACAGAUAGAAGUUAUUUGCCAAGUCCAGGUAUUUUUAUUGUGUAGCUGAAAUAACAGUACACUAUUCUGAAUUUUUAUAUAAAAUAUGGUUGGGAAGGUAUAUAUAAUUUAUCUUAAUUUUUCUAACUUUUUAUGGAUAAUCUUUCUAUUCAUAUCACAUAAAGAAAUGCGUUGAAGCAUUUUGUAUAUGUUAUGAUUUGGUACCCUUGCCUUUUUCAUCAAAAGAAUUUUCAAAUCAUUCACUUUAACAUGGUCUCACAUUUUCACUGUGAUAAUGAAUACUUGAAAUAGUUUUAUAAAGCUGUCAUUCAGUGCAGUAUUUAGUGAAGGGUCAGUUACUCUUAUUAGAAGAAAACAGUAGUAUUGGCCUUCCUUCUUAAUCAUAUUUCUUACAGAAGCAGAAUUUUAAUGUCAGUGCUACGAGUGUACUACCAUCUAAACCUGACAUCAAAAAUCUGUUCAGUGCCACAUUUUUUAAUCAUUUCAGAGAUGUAUGGCUAUCCAUUCUCGUUCAUACAGAUAGCUUUUUCCCUUUGUUUCUAUCUUUAAUGAAAAAGAAAGAGCGCUACCUCGCACUCUUCUGAGGUUAUUCUUUUUGUUUGUUGCAGUGACAUAUGGAUAUUAAUUUGACAUGUACAGAUUAAGGUCAGGCUGGAAGCAAGGUCAUGCAGACUGAGAGAGUGCCUUAUCCUGUAAAAACCUUACACGAAGUGACACUUGAAGAAAGUUUUAUUUUCACAUGUAAAAAAUUGAACCUAAUAAUAUAGAGAUUUUUUUUUUUUUUAAGGAUAUGGUCAGCAAAAGUAUCAUGCCUCUGCAGAUUUCUGUGUUGUUUAAAGAUGCUUUUAAGUUUACAGUUGGGAGUUUUUGUGAACAAUCAGUGUGCUUUUUGAGCAGUUAUAUAACUGUUAAGGUAUUUGUUCUGUUUGUUGUGAUGAAAACCAAAUUAUUUGAAUAAUUUAUAAAAUCUGGAAAUGAUCAUCACCUGUUUUAUAUACACACAUAUACAUUAUAUAAUAUGUAUAUCAUCUAUAUUCAGUAAUGUCUUUUAUAUUUUACAUUUGUUAAAAUGUACUUUAAUAAUUGGGGUUCCUCCUUUAGAUCUAUUGAUGUAAUAUACAAAUUUCCAUAUUUACCUCAAUAGAUGGUAUAAAUUUUUCCUAAAACAGAGAUGCACCUCAUCACUAAACUAAGUUGAUCAUAUUUUUAUAUUGUUGCUAGCUUUUCAUGUUCACACUAUUCACAUUUUAAAGGGUUUAGGUGCUUAAAUAUUGAUGAUAAUCUUUGUCUGGUGCAAUCAUCAGACACCUGGCUGCUGAAUUUGUUUUUUCCCCUCACCAGAGCUAUCACAGCUUAGAAGUCUUUCAGAGAAGAAAAAAAAUAUAUGAUAGUAAGCAGUAUUCACCCGUUCUUUUAAACCAUUUUCCACAGUGAAAGAAAAUUGUUACAUUGUUAAAAUAUGAAAUCUGUAGGUCUUUAAAUUUUUUAAUUCUAGAAUUUCAAAAUGACCCCACAUUGUUUUUCCUUGUCAUAGGACAGGAAAUUAUUGACAAAAUGGAUCAUAUUCUUUCAAUAACUUUGGAAAAUUUCAGAUCACAUAUAUUUACCCAAAAUUGUUGGCUUUUCAUAGCAACGUGAAUCAAAGCACACGAUCAGGGUGAUCCCAUGACUUAAUGUUUCAACACACUGUAAGUUUUUUAAAAUAGCGUUGAAAUAAUUGUAGCAGCAGUUUAUCCACAGUAUAUUUCUGCCAUCUUGGUAAAAGAGAAGUGACUUUCACAUAUAAGUUUUUAGCCUUGUCUUGUAGCAUAAAAAUUCAUAUUAUCUGGAAUGUAGUCUAUACUUAAUAUUCAUGAUUGACUAAUGCAGAUUAGAUUCCUCAUAAAAUGAAAUGAUGCAGUUUAGUUCGGUUCAGUGUAGAUUCAAAUGCUAAAGAAAAUAAAUUUAGGAAAGUUCAGUGUAUCUCAGUGAAGAAUCACUGAACUUGAAAUCCAAGUUUCAUCUGAGUUUGCAGGAACCCCGCAAGGCUCUGCUGAGGCAAGGAGGCCCAGAGGCCCCAUGCAGGAUUCUUAGGUAAUGUGACAAGGAGUGUGUACUUCUCUUAUGGCACAAGCCUAAGAUAACAGACAUUUAUAAUAGCUUUAUUGAAAGGAAAAUGAUUUACAGUGAUAUUGAAUGAUUUGUAGUAAGUAAAAUAUACACACACAUGCAUGUGUUUUUGUGAAAUAUGGGCUGCCACAUAAAUAUAAGGUUUCCUUGUGGACAAAUGAGUGUUCACAUCCAGCAUUCAGGGCAUGACUAUACAACUAAAGAUGAUACCUGUAUUUUUCAUGUUCAAAUGUACCAAUACCAGUAGAAGUGAUGUCCCUAAGUAAGUCAUUUAUCUGUAACUAGUGGAAUAUAUUUGAUGCCCUACAAGUAGGAUUUUUCACCUUCAUUACAACUAUGCUUUUAUGUAGUGUCCAUUUUGUUGAUAUUUAAUUCCAAAUGUCAGAUAACAUCAGGACUAUUUUGGCCAACUCUAUAUAAUUGCUGACCAUAGCUUUCUAAAAUAUAAGUCAUGUCAAAAACCCAGUAUAACUACAGUAAUAGCCUAAACCAUAGACUAGAGUCUAGUAAAUCUAAUUCAUUUAUUAAAGCCUCUAAGUUUUCUUUCAAAUGGCACAAUAAAACUUUAGUAUGACAGAUUAUGGCCAAAUACUGCUUUGACCAUGAUAUCUCAAUGACAAUAAAAGAUGAUCUUUACUUUUAAAAUUCAUUAAAAUCGCACUUAUUUUUAUGUAUAAGAAAAGUGUCAAGGGCCGGGGAUUUGGUUCCACCGCCUGCCUUGCAAGCAUAAGGUCCCGAGUUCGAUCCCCGGUACCAAAAAAAUGUCAAGAUCCAAUGAUUGAAGUUAAUUUUAAAGAUGGAUAGCCAUAGAAUUAGAUAGUUUUUUAAAUUGGCAAGCUCAAAAGAUAAGUUUUGAAAAUUGCUCAAAAUAAUAAUCUUACAUUUUACUUUUACGACUUUUGAAAUAAUACUCCAUUAAAUCACAUGCUAGAGAGCCAAUAAUUUAGUAGUAAUAGAUCUUUAUACUAAAUGUGGAAAAGGCAAUCCUAAAGUUUUAUGUACAUAAAUCAUUUUUUUAAAUGUUUGAGUUGCUAUAUAUAUGUAUAUAUAAAUAUACAGCUAUGCGUAUAAUCUGUAACAUGCUCCCAAAUUACAUGAAUAAAAUUAUUCACCCUUAUA